AGACUCGCGCAGACGGAGCCGGAAGCAGACGACUCCACCGCCGGCGAGGGUUAGGAUAGCAGGGAGACUGCCUCGUCUCGUCUCCGGCCAAGCCCGUCCCCACUCCACUCCACCCCACCCCAUCGGCGCAUCCCUCUCGCUCCGGUGCGGCGACAGGGCCUCUCUGCCCCGGUCAAAUCACCCCUCCCCCAGUGGCCGCCGCGAAGUAGACUCCCUGCCGGCAGCGACGACGAGUGUGGCAGGUUCUUGGUGCUGGAAUGAGAAGACAUGGAGAAGAAUAUAUGCUGGUAAUAUAGCUGUUCCAUUGGAUUGAUGGAUGUUCUGUAACUGUUCUCUGGGUGCUUCUUGAUGGCUCAUGGCUUCAGCAAUAAGACUAGCAUGAUGCCCCACUCUCACCAACCCAUGGCACUAUUUUGAUGAUUUCAGAUUCUGAAGCGCGCAAGGAGGCCACCACAGGUCCAAAUCUGGUCAGAUCUACAGUUAUUACAAACCAGGUAGGCGGUUGUUCCCUGGUUUAGUGGGUAAAGAUAACAAGGGAACACCUGAAGUUGAAAUCACAUCCAACUACUUGUCACCAACAGCAAGCUAGCAUACUCUCAGUCAUACACAUGACUCCAUGAGAGUUCACGAUCUGCACAAUUAAGCUUCAGUGACAACAAGACCACCCAAGCCAUGAGGUCUCUUUUACCUCCGAGAAUCCAUGAGACUAUUCUGAUUGUUUCAGAUUCAUAAAUGCACAAGGAGGUCACCAAGCUCGAUCGGAUCUAUGCCAUCCGGCAGUGGUCAUUGUAAUAAUACUGAGGCAAAUCUACAACUAGGCCCCCACCCAACAGUGAUACAUUAGCUAUUCUCAGAAAGUGAUGCCGGAGAUUGUGAUUCUUCUAGCCAUUAAAAAGAUUGGAACCGCCUUGGCAAAUGGAGUGGCAGACCAGGCCAGCACAUUGUUUGCGAAGUACAGGAAGCAAAUACUAGAGCUACAGGGCAGCAUGGGUCGUGUUGCGAGGGAGCUUCGAGUAAUGCAUGAUGUUCUCUGUCAAAUGGAUAUCCGAAACCGCAACAAUCAAGUAUAUGAGGGCUGGUUGGAGGAAGUACGGAAAGUAGCACAUGUGAUGGAGGACAUGGUGGAUGAGUACUUGUAUCUUGUUGGUCACGAACAUGACACGGGAUGUUGCUUUUACCUGAAGAAAGGGUUUACAAAACCAAGAUAUCUGCUUUCUUUGAACCGGAUUACUUUCAAGGUGAAGGAAAUAUCGAAAGACCUAACACACCUGUCUGAGACAAAAAAUCGUUGGGUUCACAUGAUAAACAAUGGGGAUACUAGCAGCUCAAGUUACAUUGUCAAGAGGUCCAAAGAUCUAGCAAACAUUUCACGCUCCCUUGAUGAAGAAGAUCUAGUCGGUGUGGAUAAAAACAGAGAUAAACUUGAGCAGUGGUUGUUAAGUGACGAUUUGGAACGCUCUGUGAUAGCACUGCUUGGAAUGGGAGGGCUUGGUAAAACAUCUUUAGCUGCAAAUGUCUACAGGAAGCAUAGAGAGAAAUUCCAGUGCCAUGCUUGGGUCUCCAUCUCUCAAACUUAUUCUACAGAACAUGUCUUGAGGAAUAUAAUCAAGGAAAUUUCCCGAGAUAAAGUCAGUGUGCUAUCUAACACUGUGGCCAUGGACAUCACAUGCCUUGAAGAGACACUGAGGAAAUUUCUAGAGCAACAGAAGUAUUUGAUCAUAUUGGACGAUGUUUGGACUCCAGAAGCAUUUGAUGACUUGUCUAGGGUGCUUAUUAAUAAUAAAAAGGGCAGCAGACUGAUGGUCACAACAAGGGAAGGCGAUGUUGCUGCACUUGCCUCUCAAGGACAUACUUUAACACUGAAACCUUUACCAGAGGAUAAGGCAUGGGAUCUCUUUUGUAAAAAAGCCUUUCCAAGAGAUACAAAUCAUGAAUGUCCUGCGGAGUUGAAUCCUUUGUCCGAGCAAAUAGUUAGCAAGUGCAAAGGCUUGCCUCUUGUUAUUGUGUUAGUUGGUAGCCUCUUGCGUGUGCGUGAGAAAACUGUGGAAGAAUGGAGAAGAAUACAUGCCCAAUUAAGUUGGGAGCUAAUCAACAAUUCAAGACUCGAUCACAUAAGGAAUGUUUUGCAUCUGAGCUUCAUCUACCUUCCAACACACUUAAAAUGCUGUUUCUUGCAUUGCAGCUUAUUUUCAGAAGACUAUUGUUUCAAAAGGAAACAACUUAUACGGUUAUGGACAGCAGAGGGGUUCAUUGAAGAGAGGGGUGAAAGCACAUUAGAAGAAGUGGCAGAAGGCUAUCUGAAGGAGCUAAUUGACAGAAACAUGCUAGAACUUGUCAAGAGAAACUCAUUUGGUAGGAUGAAAGAAUUCAAAAUGCACGAUAUCUUACGUGAAUUGGCACUUGACUUGUGCCAGAAGAACUGUUUUGGUGUUACAUAUGAGGAUAAGCGUGGGGGGUCUUUUGAGAGGAAUGGACGUCGAUUGGUAUUGCACAAACAGAAGAAGGAUAUUCAGCAGUCAUUUUCUAGUGUACGCCGACUUCGAACAUUCGUUAUGCUGGACGAUAGUAUGGUAACAUUUACUCUACUACCUAUGCUAUGUAAGGAGUCAAGAUAUAUGACAGUGCUAGAAUUAAGUGGUCUACCCAUUGAGAAUAUUCCAGAUGCUAUUGGAGACCUUUUUAAUCUCCGCCAUUUGGGUUUGCGUGAUUCAAAAGUGAAGAUGCUCCCGAGUUCUGUUGAGAAGCUUUCAAAAUUGUUAACACUGGACCUUCUUAGAUCUGAUGUACAUGAGCUGCCUAGUGGGAUUGUGAAGCUGAAGAAGCUUAGGCACUUAUUUGUUGAGAAAAGAAUUAAUACAGAUUUGAGAGGGAUUAAAUGUUUCAGUGGUGUGCAUGUCCCCAAUGGUCUUGGAAAUCUAACAAACCUGCAAACGUUACAAGCGUUGGUAGCACAUGAUGAGUCUAUUAGACAUUUACGGCAGAUGAGGCAACUGAGAAGCUUGAGGUUGUUGGAUGUGAAGGGAAGCUAUUGUGGACGUAUCAGUGAGUCUCUAGUUCAGAUGCGGUGUUUGUCCCAUCUUGAUGUGAAUGCAAGUGAUGAGAAUGAGGUUCUCUCGUUGAAUGUCCUCCUGCCAAACCUGCAAAGGCUACGUUUGGGUGGACGACUGGCGGAAGGGGCGUUGGAUGAGUCUCCUCUCUUCCAAGCUGCUGGGGGGCAGAACUUGCAUGUUUUGAAUCUAUAUUGGUCACAACUGAGAGAAGACCCCCUGCCAUCCCUUUCACGGCUGUCAAAUUUGACGCAUCUAGAAUUCACCAGAGCAUACAACGGAGAGCAGCUAGCAUUUCUCACGGGGUGGUUUCCCAAGCUAAAGAUUCUCUAUCUAAUAGACAUGCCUAAUCUGAAUCGGCUAGAGAUACAGCAAGGUGCCAUGGCGAGCCUGGAAAGAUUAUACUUUGUCAACCUCAGCAGCAUGAUGGUGGUCCCAGCUGGCAUUGAGUUCCUCAUGCCCCUCCAGUCUCUAGGCUUCUUUGAAAUCACUAGUGAUUUCUUUUGGUUGCUGGAUCAAUGUUCUGCAAUUCUAGGGACACAGUGGCGGUAUACUCUCCGGGAUUGACCCGCCACACUGGUUGGGAAAUGUGUAAUGCACUCGGAGGUCUUCGUCUGAAGGAAGAUGCUCUGUACGUGCUGCUGGCCCGCUGCGGAAUGUGCAUACUGUCCGGGUUUCUCUGCUUUUUGACGUACUGCACAUCAUUUGCUGCUUGUUCCACCUCUGCUAAGGUGCAGUUACCGCCUGCGUUUGCUACUGCUACUACUGUUCUAGUCAUCAUGUGCUUUUGCUUGUGAAAUGUGAUGGUAUUUCCUACUGACCGAUUCCGGCUGCGGCUUAUUAUAAGACUGCAAGCGAGUUGUGUUUUCGUAUCCAAACUAGUUUUCGCUUAACUUGUUUGAACUGUGUACUGCUAUUUCACGCGUGUGUGUGCUUGUUGUGAACCUAUUUCAGAUGUGGCUGUUAAAUAAUAAUAAAAACUUGGCUUGUGAUUCAUAAGUAAUGCUCAGACACUCAUUUUUCUUGUAAUUAUGGUUGCUGCCUGUCUGUUUUAUUGCUAGCCUUGCUUUGUUCCGUUUUAUGUUUAUCUUAUUUUGGACGUAUGUCUAUGGUGUUUCUUUCUUGGACUACGUUUCUUGUUUUCUUGAGCAAUACACUUAUGGAUGAUCAUGACAAUGUUUGGAAGGCUACAUCAUGUUUACUUAUGUCCUUAAGUUUUCAAAAUUCGCUGACACACUGAGGAGUGAGGAGGCAACCGAUGAACUCAUGUAACAAGGAGUUCUUCAGGGACCGAUGCCAGGGAAUUAACUCAGAAAUUGCGUGUAGUAUCACAAACCCUUCCCCAAAAGAAAUAUGCAGACUUCCGACAUGAGAUAUAUUAGGCGUAAGCUGGAGUGGCAUGUCCAUGCAUGUGUAUCACAAAGCUUAGUUACAGCCUUCAAACAUAGUUACUCAGGACGGUAAGCUUUGACAACUACUCCCAUUGUUCACAAAUUCUCCCUCCAUUCAUGAAUAAGUGACGUGGUUUUAGUUCAAAGAUAAUAUCCCUGACUUGUGGCCAAACAGCGUAGCAACUGCCUCAAGUUUUCAAACCCUUCUUCCACUCUAAAUGCAGGAAAUAACCAGCGAAUGAAUGUCAGACACACCUUCCAUUUAUUUGAAGAAAAAAAUCCUAGAAAUCUCGUUUAUUUGAAGUUGAUUGCAGGUGGGCGCAGGGCCACUCUUCCCAACUUCUUGCUAGAAUACUUCUUAUACACCACCUGCAACUUGCUCUGAGGGGCAGUCGAGUGUGCGGUGACCAGCAUCUUUGCACUAUAUCUGAAAUCAUCACAGAAACACAGAGUUAUUCAAGCUACAAGAGUGUGUAAAGUCACUGUUGUGCAUUCUUACAUUAGCUGUGAUUCAGUAAAGCCAGUAUAGUGCUUGAGAGUGUGAGUCCAUGGAUCGGUCUUCUUGAGUGUGAGCCUGGCUGCAUAGACAGCAGCAGCAGCAACCAUGGAGGGCUUGGACGGCACCAGCGCAUAUUGCAUCAGUGCCAGUUCAGCAAAAAAGGACACCAUGUUCAUCAUCUGCAUCCAUCCAGAUUCCAGAUAGGGAAACUUCAGUACACAAACUCGUUCCUUUACAGUGCAAAUGCAUCUGAAUUUACAUA